AUAUAUUCCAGCAGCUGCAAGCACAGCCUGACGCACAAAGCGCAUAGUGCAUGCGCAAAGACCUGGCUGAGAAGCCAACAGCAGAUCAAAGUCCACCCCUUCCUCAAUCCUGAGCCUCAUGCAUAACGUAUGGGUAGCAGCCAGCUAUACAACCGGUGAACGCCGCCCAAGACCGCCACAGCCCAUUGAGAAGAGCUGGCCCACAUCGCGCUGCUUGAAUGGAAGAUCGGGUGUGGAUGAGAAGAGUUAUGUAAUCUACAAUGGCUUUAACGUACUUAUCCCCGGUCUGGCUUUUCUUUGGCGUUCCUCACCAACCAUCGUUGCUGUCUCUAACACUGUUGGCGUUGCUGUCCUCACCACCGUUGUUGUUGCCGUCUUUACUAGCAUUAUCGUCGCUAUCUUCACCACUGUUGUCGUACGCCGUUUCCUUACCACCAUUAUCGUUGCCGUCCUUACUACCAUCGGCCGUUACCGUCCUUGUCAACCGGUCUUUACUAUUAUAACGCCAUUAUAUCUUUGUAAUUCUCCGUUACUAAGGAUACUUUAUUCUUCGGACUCGACGUUGGACUGGAUAUAUACUUAUCGAGGCUGGAGGCAGCCAAGUCCUUCUCUUAUAUAUAGAAGAAUAUAG